CCAGCUCUCGGUUAAAGAGCUACCGCUAUUCAAUAAACUUAAAUUUAAAUCUUCAUAGCAGCUGGCGCUGAUAGCACGGCGAUAAAAGUGUACACGCAUAGCUGCGAGAGGUUGGUAAAGGUGCAUUAGGCUCGAUUGAAAUCGAAUUUGCGCCCUUCGUGCGAGUCGUUUCGAUCAGAGCACAAGAUAAACGCUCUUUUCAAUAUUGGAAUAGACGGCGCUGACGACGGCAGCAUGACAUAUUGAGCCAAUCAAAUAAAAGUCCUCGAAGCUCGGGGAGGGGACCAGCAGACGAGAAAUCCAACGUCGCGGUCUAUUCCCUACCAAUUUCGCUGCCGUCCAAACGUUCUCGUUGCGCUACUAUGAAGAACAGAAAAAGGACAUCAUAGCCGUUGCAAAGUGCCUGGGUUCGAACGGCCUCGAGGAGCUGGUGAGUUGACCUCACUGAGUUGGUGCUCGCGACUGGAGACUAGGGUAGCCGACUUCUUAAUUUAAAUAAUAAUCCGAAUCUCUGAAUCUUCGCCCUGUCAGCUGUCGCGGAUGGGUUAUGAUGGGCUAACACUUAAGUCUGUAUCUACACGAUACUGGUUCAAUUUAUCGGCCAUAAACAUUUCACUUCGAACUUAAGUAGCACAUGCGACACUAGCUGUAUUACACUGUAUUUCACCGACCUUCGUUAAUCAACAGACCUAGUAAUAUCGAGCACACAAUUGAUUAGGACUUUCGCGUAACACCCUUUGUACAGGUGGUAUACAUGGUGGCCAAUACAACAAUAGAUGCAAUUCUCUCGUAACAUCGACCGAUGUCCGCUCGUUCCCGAUGCUAACUCCCUUUUUCCGCCGAACGGAUUAGCUGGCUCCCAAUGAAUAAUUUAGCCAUGAGCCGCUUACUGAUGUUACUGGUGACAGCCGAUUGCGAAAAAUACUAUUCUACAGCCACUCUUAGAAGAUGGCAACGAUAAGAAACACAAAAAACAAUCAUCGACUGGAGGAUAUUGUCCUCAUGAAGAAUUCCGAAUUAACAAGAAAGAUACUCGAAAAGUCGACCUUUCGAUGCAGCUCAGAAACAAUCGUUAUGAAACGAGCAAUAGAAACACGAGACAUUGAAAAUCUUAGAAUUCUUCUUCAUCAUGGACGAGGUUGGAAAACGAGACGAGCGAUUUUCGAACGUGAAAUUUGUCGAUUGAUCGACUCUGAUUUGAAAUCAGUAGAAUUUAUUGUAGAGCACUUACCAAAUUUGGAUGUUAUCGACGAACAUUUCAUAAUCAAGUUGAGACAUUUAUUCGAGCAAGGUACCCACGAAAUUGUAGAAAUGUUAUUGAAAUAUAGUAUCGAUCUGCACGUAAAAGACAAAUUCGGAAUGCAAUUAUUGGUGAGCGCGUUUGGGAAUUCUAAAGUGAACGCGAUCGAGUUGUUUGAGAGUCGAAAUUUGGAUGUGCACGAGCAAGGUGUUUCAGGCGAAACUGCUUUACACUCUGCUGUGGAUAAUAACCUUGUGAAAAAUGUUAAAUUCUUAUUGGAUCACGGUGCUGAUCCAAACUCACAAGAUUGCGUUGGAUGGACGCCAAUGUUCGUCGUUAAGAGUAUCGAAUGCAUGGAACUCUUGUUACAGUACGGUGCCGAUCUACAGCAUAGUGACAAAGAUGGGUAUACUAUUUUCGAUUCGAUUCAAUCUUCUUCAGAUAUAAUCACGCAAGCUGCGUUAGCUAAUCUUGCUAUCGAAGAAGCUCGUGGUAAGCCUGUUCGACAAGUAAUUCACGACAGGAUUCACUUAACGGAAAAUUUCAGAGUUUUUUACAAGAACUGUCGCCGGGAGAUCAAAUACAUGAAAAAAGUUUUUGGCGCCGACAAUGUGUUCUUAAUUCUAAGCGGUGAUACUGAGAAAGUAUUCCAUCAUGUUUUGAAAUCUGACAUUAUUUUCUGUCUUUUAAAUCAAAUACGUUCGAUGAAUGGUUACAUGUGUUCUAUGUUUGAGAAAAAAUUGAAUAGAAUUGCUAAUACGUAUAAUGUGUAUCAAAAUGCUGCCAUGCUUGCUGUUAAAAGUAACGAUAUAUUUGAUCCUUAUCGUUCGAUCGCAGCCAAAAUAGUUAUUUAUUCAAUUAUCGAAGAUUUACUAGUGUUUUUCUUGAUUGUCUUUAACAGUAUUAGAAUCUUCAUUUGGUGAUCCAAAGCUACAAAAUAACGUUUAUGCUAACGUUACAUUUUAUUUUGUUUUAUUUUAUACUACUUACUCAUUGUAUUUGUAUAUAUAAAUACAAACAGUCAAAGCUCAUGAUAUUUUGUAAAUAAAGUGAU